AGAUUCUCUUGGAGAACAAUGGCUUUGGCAAAUGGCACUUUAGUGAUGGAAUUCAUUCUCUUGGGGAUAACUGAAGAUCCUGGUCUCCAGGUCCCUCUCUUUCUAGUAAUAUAUAUCAUAACUACAUUAGGAAAUUUGACUUUGAUCAUUCUAAUAGUGCUAAAUUCUCACCUUCACACCCCAAUGUACUUUUUUCUCUCUAACUUGUCCCUCAUAGACCUCUGUUAUUCUUCAGUGAUUACACCCAAAAUGCUGAUGAACUUCUUACUAGAGAAAAAUGUUAUCUCUUACACUGGGUGCAUGACCCAGCUCUACUUGUUUUGCUUCUUUGGCAUUUCUGAAUGUUACAUGCUGACAGCAAUGGCCUAUGAUCGUUAUGUGGCUAUUUGUAAUCCACUCUUGUAUAACAUUGCUAUGUCCCCUAAAGUAUGCUUCUAUCUUAUGCUUGGUUCAUAUUUAAUGGGAUUUUCUGGUGCCAUGAUCCACACAGGUUGCAUGCUUCGACUGACUUUCUGUGAUGGAAACAUCAUCAACCACUACUUCUGUGACCUUCUCCCUUUGCUACAGCUCUCCUGUACGAGUACCUAUGUCAAUGAGAUAGAGCUGUUUAUUGUAGUAGGAAAGGACAUUAUUGUUCCAACCUCCAUCAUUCUUACUUCCUAUGGCUUUAUUCUUUUCACCAUAUUCCAAGUGAAGUCCACUGAAAACAAGUACAAGGCAUUCAGUACCUGCAGUUCCCAUUUAUUUGCUGUUUCUCUGUUUUUUGGAUCAAGCACAUUUAUGUAUCUUCAGCCCUCAUCACCUGGAUCUAUGAAUGAGGGGAAAAUUUCUUCCAUCUUUUAUACUAUCGUAGUUCCCAUGAUGAAUCCCUUAAUCUACAGUUUUAGAAACAGAGAUGUUAAAUCUGCCCUAAGAAAAAUCCUGAGUAGGACAAUAUAUUGA